AUGUUUAUCUUAAAAUCUACCCUUCUUCUCCUUCUAAUCAUAUCAACUACUACAACUCUGAUCCGACCAAAACGUCAAUCAUUUGAAGUGUUAGAAGCCGAAGCAGAAGCUCGUAACGCUCAAAUCCAAGCGCAAGCGGCGGCCAAUUUGGCCGCAUGGAACGCGAAUACAGCUCGCUUGGCCGCUCAGUCUCAAGCAACGACUAACCUACUCAACUCUCAAAUCAUUGCCAAUGCAGCUAGACGAAAGUUGGAGGCGGAACAACGUGUAGCCGAAAUCAACGCUCAACUGUUGGCUUCACAGGCCAAAGCCAAGGCUUUGUGGAUCGCGGAACAGGCUAGAAUUCGGGCUGCUACGGCUGAAAUUGAGGCUAAUAACUUGGCUGUUCUUUUUUGA